GCCAUCGCUGCGGCCUGCCUGUGCUCACGCCGCCAGGGUAACCAUGGUCGCCACCGAGGGGUGCAGGAGGGACGCGGAUCGGGGCCCUCCCUGUAGCCUGGACAGGAUGACAGAUCUGGUAGCUGUCUGGGACGUGGCGCUGAGCGACGGAGUGCACAAGAUUGAGUUUGAACACGGGACCACCUCGGGCAAGCGAGUGGUGUAUGUGGACGGGAAGGAAGAGAUAAGAAAAGAAUGGAUGUUCAAACUAGUGGGCAAAGAAACCUUCUGUGUCGGAGCUGCGAAGACAAAAGCCACCAUAAAUAUAGAUGCCGUCAGUGGGUUUGCUUAUGAAUAUACCCUGGAAAUCAAUGGAAAAAGUCUCAAGAAGUACAUGGAGAACAGAUCAAAGACCACCAACACGUGGGUGUUACACUUGGAUGGGGAGGACUUUAGAGUCGUUUUGGAGAAAGACACCAUGGACGUGUGGUGCAACGGCCAAAAAAUGGAGACAGCAGGGGAGUUCGUAGAUGACGGGACGGAAACUCACUUCAGUGUUGGGGACCACGACUGUUACAUAAAGGCUGUGAGCAGUGGGAAGCGGAAAGAAGGGAUUAUUCAUACCCUCAUUGUGGAUAACAGAGAAAUCCCGGAGAUUCUGGAAUGACCUCGUGUUACAGGAUUUUCAUCGCAAGCAGUGACGAUAAGGACUUUGUAAUUACUGAGGUAAUUAAAUGUGUCCAUGAUGUACUUAGUACAUUUAGUUGCUAUAUUUUUAUUUUUUAGUUACUUGAAACUACUGUUCCAAGGGUCAGGGCUAAAAAAGAAUUAUGUACUAUAAAAAUUACAAUUUGUUUUGUAAAUAAUGUAAAAUGUUUUAAAGACAAAUGAAAACGUGGACCAAAAUCAGUACUGUUUUACGGUAGGAACCUUUGCUGUAAUAAACACUGUACACUGGG